AUGAAUCUGAAAGGAAAUGUAUUCUCUGUGCAACAUUUCCAAGUUGAUGAAUACCAUUUGGACAAUCCAAUGUACCAACAGUACAAAAUCUGCACCAGUGAUAAGGCGAUAAUGAUAAACCAUGCCACAACUUUUACUCGGUUAGCAAGCGAUUUUGCCAGUGGAUAUCCACUUUAUCCAAUUGUGUCUACUGUCACAACUGUUGCACAAGAUCAUACAAAUAAAAGAAGGCUUGUUGAUGUGGUUGGAAGAAUAGUAUGGGGAAAUCGAAUCAGACAGCUGCGAUCAUUUGAGUUAAUUCUCCAAGAUGAGACGGGGAACGUAACAAAGUUAUUGUUGUAUAACGUACCAGCAAACCUUAUGAUUAAGGUUAUUGUUGCAACAUACAACAAAUCCAUACUCUAUGUUUCUUGCAUGAAGCUGGUCCACAACAAUUUGGGUAAUUUAUUGGUUUCUACUGUUUUAACCGACUUUGAUUGA